AUGGAGCAAUCAUCCGCGAAACGGCGUAAAACAUCGCCAACAACCUCGAUUCCCAUCGACGCGCCAGGAACUCCAAGUCGAAUACCAGUGCGGCGACAAGAUGCCGCAAAGACUCCCCCACGCAGGCCAUCCUUUGCCUCACCGACAAAAGCGAGUAUCGCAAGACACAACCCCCAAUUGUUAACACGGCCUUCGUCGUCUGGGUCUGGUGUCGGGAGGACUAGCAUUAAGUCCAGGAAGCUUGACGACAUAUUCGCGAAUGCUUUGGGAGAAGUGCGACCGGCUAUCGAGAGUCAGAAUGCUCAAGUUGAUAAGGAUAGAGUCGGGGUGCUAUCUCAGGGGACUGUAAUGCAGGGAAACAAUGGGUUACGUUCGACUGAUAAUCGGAAGCCUAUUACUCCAAAUACAAAGGGAUCCCAACCCGUUAGGAGGGGAUUAGCGGCGAAGCCAAAGAGGAUGUCGCGUUCUCCGGCCAAGCCACCCAGGAGGAGAAGUCAGGCAAACGGGAGAAACAUAUACGACGGAGAUUUCCAGGAUGUUGACGACCCUUUUCAGAAGAAGGGCCUCAAACGCUCGCCUAUCCCCUCGCAAGUUGACACAGUACCGGAUGAUAUCGACCCCUUUCGGAAGGGUGGAUUGAGGAGAUCUCCUGUUGUGGAUGCUCCCGCGCAAGAUAGUGCUCAGGAUGAACCGCCGCCGGAAAUAUCUAUGACACCUACUAGCUCACCUCCUUCUCAGUCUGCGGAUCACCUCAUUCCUGCUGACACUCAGCGGCCAAAACACCCUGCAGUGGUACCAGAUUUCAACCAAACGCUCCCAAUUAGGCAGAUUGUUGGGUCUAAUAUAUCUGAUGAUACUCGGCUACAAGAGGAAAAUGAGCAACUAGAGCAGUACGAGGAGCAAGAGAAAGACGAGCAGCAAGAGCAACAGGAACAGGAGGAACAAGAGGAGCAAGAAGAUCUGGAACAGCUAGAACAGCUGGAAGCUUCAGAGGGGCCAGAAGCGGCACAUACCCUGUCCCAAAUAACAACAACUGCACGCACCAUUGAUGAUAUCCAACUACAAGAGAAACCAAUAACAAGCUCGAUCUCACCGCCAAAACCGUUGGAUUGGCGAGCGGCAGGAACUACCCAUUCCAGAAAACUUGGUAUCUUCAGAAGAUCGUCUCCAUUCAACGAACCUGAAUUACCACCAACUCCAACUGAAAGAGGUAUUCCGGAUCCGAUAGUGACGACGCCCCCAAGCGGUAUACUUAAUACCCCCAGUAAACGAGCGAGAAAAAGAAGCGCUCUGGGAAGCAAACUGAAGUCUUCGCCAUUAAAGCCUCGAGAUCAGUCACUGCCAUUGCCCACGAAAGAUACUGCGGCCGUGCUGGAGCCAGAGUUUCGUUCCGAACAUAAACCAGAGAACCCGAUAAUACGUCGGAGAUCUGCUCGGUUUAUAGCUCCUGAGGAUCCUCAUGCGGCCAAGAAGCAAGCUCGGGACGACCUUCUCAAAGAGCUCCAACAAUUACAAGCCGACGUGGCUCUUGCAAAUCAAGAAAACGAACGGCUACGUCUCCAGCAUGAUUCAGGAAGGCGCUAUCCAAAAAGAGCGCCAAAUUCCGAUGAAUUAUUGGCUCUGCUAUUAAGAUCGACAGAGUUGCCUUCAAAACCGAAGUUAAAACCACCAAGCAUCUUCAAGACCAUUAGCGCUUUCUUGCCAUUUUCAUCUCUCCGGAGGUCCAAACCACCUGCUAUACCCAGUAUUCAAAAACCAUUACCAUCUCAUCUACCUGUACAUCUGGACGAUCCUCUCCCGUAUCUGCAGGCUUUCAGCCCACUAACCUUUACGUCAACAAUCACAUUACUACCACCUUCUGAGCAACUCACACCAGAUUUAACUUCAGAAAACCAUGAGCGCUCAAUUCUCCAAUGUUAUCAUAUAAAUGUAUCCCAUGCACCUAGACUAUUCGCUGCCCAACUGUCUAUGGUUGUGGACUCAUUGACACUUUCGAUUACGGAGAUCGAAAUUCUCAAGUUGACUGCGUGUGCUGAAAAAGAGCUGGGUACUUUCGUACGGAAGAGAGUAAGCACACAGGGCAUUUUUGGAAAAGACAUCAGCGUAAUUUGUUGGUCAAUGGGCCGAUGGACAGAGGUCGCCACGAAACGAGCAGGAUUCUGGUGUGCUGUUGGCAAAGAAUUCGGCACCGCCGAAGGAAGGAAUAUAUCAUUCCACCGAAUGACUCGCAAAAAGAAGCGGAAACGAACACAGGUGCCUGUCAUUCAGGGCGACGAAGACGAUGAACAUGAAGGCAAUGAUGAUGAAGAUGACGACGAGAUGGUGACGAAACAGCAAUGGACGACGAAGCAAGUGCUGCCCCACAUGGGGCGUACGAGCUUCGAGUUGGCUACUGAAGAGGUGCAACUGUUAUUUGAAUGGAAUAUUAGCUUUGAUUGGACGGGAGAGGUCCAGAGUUCUCUGUCUGCUUAUGCGAGGACGCCAAAGAAUUGGCAAAAUACGGAUGAGAGGAAUAGUCUCGUUAAGAUACCCGAGAUGUUUGAUAGGCUGGUGAAGGAACGGGGCCCGUUGAGGGCCGUGGGAGCUGUUGUAGGGCUUUUGAUGCCAAUGUCAUGA